UUGAAGAUGGUCUACUAUUACUAAAGGUGAAAAGAAGUGAAGGAAGGGAAGAGAGAAUCAGAGAAGAGAAGUGUUUUUGCGAAGAGAGGGAAAAUGUAUUCAUACACACACGAUUUAUCUUCUUUAAUUGACCUCAAUUUCUCUUCUUCUUAUUCAUACUCCGAAGAAGAAGACAUUAACUAUGAUACUAAUCACUUCCUCCACGACGACACCGUUUUUGAAACCUCUCCUCUCCCUUUCGGUAUGGAUUGGACUCCUCCUCCUCCUAAUUGGGAUGGCCCCACCAACACUCUCUGGCCCCACAAUUCCUCUUCUUCUUCUUCAUCUUGGACAUUCUCUUCUACGAUUCCUUCUUGGCUCCUUGUUCCCCAAUCCACACCUUCUUCUGAUCCCGUUGUGUUUUACAGGGUUCAAGUUGGAGUUCGAUCCCCUCAAGCUAUCACAACUACUCGAAUUAUAUUGCGCAGAUUUAAUGAUUUUCUUAACUUGUUUUCUCAACUGAAAAAAGAAUUUCCCAUGAAAAACUUGCCUUUGCCGCCGCCGAAAAAGAUAUUAAGAAUUAAAAGUGAGGCUCUUUUGGAAGAGCGGCGGUGCUUAUUAGAGAAUUGGAUGAAAAAAUUGUUAUCAGAUAUUGCUGUAUCGAGAAGUGCACCAGCAGCGAUGUUUCUUGAGUUAGAAGCUGCUGCUAGAGCUUCAUUCCACGAUGUCAGUCGGCAUAUUUCAGAUGAACAAACUGCUGAUGGUACUACACCGUCACAUGUGAUUCAAGAUAAUUCGCGUGGUUUUGUUAAAGCUCGUGGUUCAUCUGCUGCAUCUGAUUCUGGUGAUGAUACCCCUUCUGAGGUUUCUGAGUUCGGGACACUGAGGCAUGGACAAGAUAAUCGUUCUGAUCAUAUUGCGGACAAUUUAACGUCGGAGCAUGACGUAAUUAACCCAACCGAGUCAAGUGUUUAUCGUGCUUCAUCCAGUCAAGACUUUAAUUAUGAGAAUAAUAGAACAGACAAGGUAGCCGAGAAUUCUGGUGAAGCUAUAGCUCUUCGCCUAGACGGAGCUGAUUUUACACCAGCUAUACAAGAUCAUAACUUGAAUGCUCAUGUCAAGAGACUGUCAACAGAAAGCAUUGGAAGUGAUGUAAGUUCUGUAAGGAAUACCGAAACAUCAAGUUCAGCUGUGUCCACUUUGCUUCAGGAUGUUUCGCAUGACCUUCCUGGGAGCCGUGUACCCUUCGGAAACUCAGAUUUGUUGUUGACUUUUCCAUUGGACGAGAGACACAAGUUGAACAGAAUUAUUAAUACCCAGAAGCAGAGACUGGACACGGCAAAAACAGAUGUUGAAGAUCUUAUAGCAAGAUUGAAUCAAGAAAUGGCUGCAAGACAAUAUCUUGUGACAAAGGUCAAAGAUUUGGAAGUUGAGCUUGAAACAACUCGACUGAACUGCAGAGAAAACAUGCAGCAGGCUGUUUUAACCGAAAAGGAAAGGUUUACUCAAAUGCAGUGGGAUAUGGAGGAACUUCGAAGGAAGUGCCUGGAGACAGAAAUGAAAUUGAAAAUUGAAGAGGAUGAAAGGUUGCUAGCAGAAUCAACAAAAGCAUCCACUAUUCAGGAGAAGCAAAUGUUGCAGCAAGAGCUAGAUGUGGCUAGAGUACAACUUAAGCAUUUGCAGAAACAUCAUGAUGAGUUUGAGAUGAAAUCAAAGACAGAUAUGAAGUUGCUAGUAAAGGAAGUGAAAUCCCUUAGAAGCUCGCAGUUAGAACUAAAGCAGCAGCUCGGCGAAUUGAUGAAGGAAAAAGUAGACGUGGAGAGAACUCUUCAUAAGGAAAAGCAAAGAAUGCAACUUUCACACAAUGCUAAUGUGAAGUUACUGCAUGAGUGUGCAAUCCUUCAGAAGAGGCUUCAGGAGUGCAGUGUAAAUUUUCUUGUUGAAGAGGAAGAUAAACUAAAUGUUGACACUUCAACAUCCGAUGCUUUGGAUUUAUUAGCAACAUCAGAUAAUCGGAUUGGUCUCUUGCUUGCAGAGGCACAGCUCUUAGUACAAGAUGUAGAAAAUGUUGCUGAUGCUGCGGAAGGAAAUAUAACUACAGAUGAUACAGGGACAACUAACGAAGAAUUAAGGAAAAUGUUGGCAAAUAUAUUUGUAGACAAUGCCAGUUUAAGGAAACAAGUCAAUUCUGUUAUCCGUUGUGCUUUAAUUGCAAAUAUAAAAUCUGAGGAGAAUGAGGAAGACGAAAUCCAUUUGCAAAAAACUUUUCUAAGCAAGUUCUUAGAGAGAUGACAUGUUUCAUACCUGUAUCAUACCCUAUGUAUGUUACCAAGUUACUGUGUAUUUCACUGCCCGAAUAUUUUAUAUUUUUCUUUGCAAAAAUAAUAAUGCCUCAAGCAUAAAGCCAAUCAUCACAUUUAACGAACAAACUAACCAUGCUGUUUGUUUCUUCAAACUGAUGUGGCUAAUAUCAAUGCAAUGCUGCAUACUUACCAAUUGAUUGUUGGUUAAUGUGAUUGCUGGAUUCUCUACGCCUUACUCAUAAAGAUGAUUAUCAUGCUCAGUGAACAAAUCAAUCAUGCAAUCUUCUUGUUAUAAAAUAA